AAUGCACUCCGGGCCUCGGGCCUCCGUCCGCCUGGGCGAUCUGGGUUCGCCGAAGGUGAGCUGCAAGGACACUACGUACUGCCCCUCUAUCUAUCAAGCCAUCAUGGUGCGAUUGAGACGCGGGUCCACGACAUCCUUCUGGCACAAUAGAUGUUUCCCAGCGCUGCACAGUCACUGCACUACCGUGACGCUGACGGUGGAUGAAGCGGGUCCUAGACGAUGGUUUGCAGCAAUACCUGGUGCCUCGUCUCAGUCUGUUGGCGCGUGAAGAGCUGAAUGCUGAAUCAAGUCACAAGCUGUCCCGGAAGAUGGCGACGGCAUCAGGCAAACCCCCUUCGCGGCAGGUCAGGGCAAGCUGCACACAUCCUCCCUGUACCGUCUGCUCAAGUCAGCUAUGCGCGCAUGAUUUUUUCUUCUUCUUUCCUAUAGGAAAAACAUGCGAGAUGUUUUCAGGUUUACAAUAGAAAAGAAAAGUAAAUAUUUACUAGACCAUGUGCUCAAAGUGGUGUGGUGGCGCAGUUGGCUAGCGCGUAGGUCUCAUACCUACUUGAGUGAGCCUGAGUUCGAGCCUGUCUCACCCCAAAAUUAAUUUGUCCUUUCUUCUCAUUUCAUUUGGAAGCUUCGUCUCCUUUCCUCUGCCUUUUCACUCCUUUUUGAAGCUCGUCAGGCUGUUUCUUCCUUUUCCCCCAUUUCGUCAAGAAGCUUCUUCAGCUUUCUUGCGGUCUUGCCUGUGCAGCUCCUCAGGAUUCUUCUUCCCCUCAUUUUUCAUUUUUCAAAUUGUAUUUUUCCCUUUUGCGGAGAACCUCGAAAUGCAUUUUUCCUUUGAAACUUUCAAGUCACUCCUCCAAAAACAGAAUAUGAAUCCCAUUCUGCCUUACCCACACACCUCGAAUAAAGCACCAAGCAAAUUGCUCCUCGAAUAAAGCACCAAGCAAAUUGCUCCUCGAAUAAAGCAAGCACAGCCACAGCGCACAAAACUUUCUCCGGACUCCAACGCAAAUUCUUUGCCGUCUAGAAAAACAAUGCUCGCUCCAAGAGAAUGUUCCUCGCCUGGGCACGAGAGAUCUGCCUACCUACGCCCUACUCGGCACCUGGCACUUGUCACCUGAGCCUUGGCUGCUGCGCUUGUGGGUGGCUUGUCGUUGUAGUUGUUCUCCGAUCCGCCGUCCCACGUGUACGUCCGAUCGAGACACGUCGUCCUCCGUUCCGGGGUCGCGUCGCGCCGAGGAACUAGCCAGCCGCUGAUCGGCACCCGCGCCGCCGGGCUCGCAGCAAUGGCGAGCGCGCGGCCGCCGGCGCGCACGGUGUGGUGCGCCCGCUGCGGCGCGUACCUGUCGGUGGCCCCCGGGGCGCGCUCCGUGCGGUGCGCGCUCUGCCACUCCGUCACGCGCGUCGAGCGCCGCCCGCAGCACGGCCUGCACCACGCCACCGUGGGGUUCAUCAAGGGCCUCAUCAACGCCUUCGCGCCGCCGCCCUCCUCCGCGGCGUCGUCGUUUGCCCAGCUGCCGGCGAGCUACCCGCGCGCCCGCGGCUGCAAGAAGCGCGCGCUCCUCGUGGGGAUCAGCUACGCCGGCACCCGGUACGAGCUCAAGGGCGCCGUCAACGACGUCAACUGCAUGGGCUACCUUCUCCGCGAGCGCUUCGGCUUCCCGGCCGACUGCAUCCUCGUCCUCACGCAGGAGGACGGGGACCCGUACCGGGUGCCAACGAGGGCGAACCUGACGCGUGCGCUGCGGUGGCUCGUGGACGGCGCCGCCGCCGGGGACUCCCUGGUGUUCCACUUCUCCGGGCACGGGGUGCAGAAGCUGGACAGCAACGGCGACGAGGCGGACGGCUACGACGAGGCGCUGUGCCCGGUGGACUUCGAGGACCCCCGCGGCGGCGUCAUCCUGGACGACGAGAUCAACGCCACCAUCGUCCGGCCGCUCGGCAGGGGCGUGAAGCUGCACGCCAUCGUGGACACCUGCCACAGCGGCACCAUCCUCGACCUCCCCUACCUCUGCCGCCUGUCCAGGACCGGGUACUGGGAAUGGGAGAACCAGCAGACCCGGUUCUCCAGCGAGCAGAAAUGCACCAGCGGCGGCCUCGCCAUCUCGAUCAGCGGCUGCGGCGACAGCCAAACCUCGCAAGACACCACGGCGUUCUCGGGCUCCACCUCGACGGGCGCCAUGACGUACAGCUUCAUCAAGGCGGUGGAGUCGGAGCCGGGCACCACCUACGGCCGCCUGCUGACGGCGAUGAGGGCCACCAUCCGCGACAACGGCGGCGAGUUCGGCAUCCCCGGCCCCAUCGGCACCUUCUUCCGCCGGGUCAUCACCUUCAGCUGCGCGCAGGAGCCCCAGCUGUGCGCUUCGGAAACGUUCGACAUCUACAGGAAGCCCUUCCUCUUGUGAUUCAAGUUGAACAAACAUGUGGCCGGCCGCUUGCAACGUUUUAUAAUACGAUGCGUGCGCACAAACGAGUUUAUGAUUCGCACAGUUUAAUUCGUAGGUGCUUUCGUUUGUCUCUGAUUUUCUUGUUUCUGUGCUAGCCAGUGAACAGUUUUGAUAGGUUUUCUUGUGUAAUCAAGUGGUUUGAAAUUAAGGGCUAGCUACAACCAUCCAUGCAUGCUAGAAUUUUGUAGAAUUUGAUCAACGCACACCUUAAACACGACGUAUGUUGGUACGUACGUGCUAUGGUUGAACAAUAGUGGCCUGUUUAGGCAUCAUACUUGUUAGAAUAUGUGUCAGACAUUGUAUGAUACUGGUUAUGAUGUGACUUGAAUCGUAUUAUAGCAAUAUAGGAUUAUAUCUGUAACUCCGGACUCCUCAUAAGUAUAGGAGGGUUCCACUACAAACAUACAUAAAUUUUAAAUUUAAUACACUGGUUAUUAUAACUUAAUUGAUACUACUCCAUCUUAGAAUAUAGCUAGUUUUAGAUUUUUCUCCAACUCAAACCUUUUAAACUUGGGAAUUGUAGGUGGUAAAAAAAUAGAAAGAUUAACAACAUAAAAAAAUAUUAGUUUAUUUAUAAUAAAAUCAACAGUUGUAACAUGUAACCUUUACUAUUUAAAAGUAAAUAGUUUUGAAGAUAAUUUGGUCAAAGAUUAAAAAUAUUUGAUUUUUACUAUAAAAGUUACUAUAAUUUAGAACGGAGGUAGUACACACUUUAACUACGUGAGUAGGAUAUAUUUUGGGAGCACAACAAUAAAUGCAUGUAUAUUAAUUACUUCCUCCGUCCUAGAAAGACGGUUGUUUAGAAAUUUUCAGACAUGUUACUAGUACUAGAAAAUGACCAUGUUACCCCUAAUUAACUAUAGCAGUUGUGAUUGAAGAACGCGUUGUUUAUUUGGUUCCCUAGAUUCUCAAUAAAUGUAAAUAUAUUGGAAUCAGAAAAGUAACAUCUACUUAAACAUUUGAUUGGCUCUAUGCCCUUUCCAAUGCAAUUCUUUCUUGGUAUUUGAUAUUGUGUUAAUUAGAUGGACUUUACUACAAUCUAGAUUAACAAUCUUUGUGGGACAAAAUUUGAAGGCUAAAUGAACAGUCUUUCCAUGACGGAGGGAGUAAGUGCAGCGCUGACUCAUUCUCCACAAUUGGGAGAUCGGAUUGCAUUCACUGUGUUCGCUUGGCUGUGGCUGAUGGCUGGUGCUGAUUUAUUAUGAGAGAACAGUACUACUGAAUAGCUGCUAGCUGGUUGCUGGUGCUGAUUUAAUAUGAGAGAACAGUACUGCUGGCUGGUUGGCUGACAAGCCAAGCGAACACAGCGACAUCCUCCCUUCAUCAAAUUAUCAGUUGUCGAAAUUUUGCUCUAUAUUAGUAUUUAUUCCUUCCAUUCUGAAAUGUAGGGAAUUUUAGGAUUCAAAAUUUGUCCAUAAAUAUAAAGCAUUCAAUGUUGAGAGUA